AUGGCGCGGCCCAAGGGUUACUUCAAGGAUACGGAGCUGGAGGGUGCAGAAGCUCUGGACGGAUCGCUCUUCCUUUUGGCUGCGAGAUUGACUGGGGAGUAUAUGAGCGAAGGGGUAGCCAUAUACGCCAGGCUGGUUACGAGCCUAGGGCCUAGGCGCCUAGGGCAUCUGUCACCUCAGGCUGGAGCGAGCGUCGGACUCCAUUCCACGGUGCUAGUGUUGUUGGCAGAAUCAUCUGCCAUUCUGCCAGUGGCAAUUGCCGGCAGUAGACUGAUCGCUGGUGUCAUCGCGAUUACUGCGAUCUGUACUCAAUAUACCAAUCUUAUCAUGGCUCAACCUGAGGCCCAUGAAAUCCCUACAAGGCGCACACCUGCACACUGGAGAAACGAAGAAAUCACCGCACUUGUUAAUCAUAUGUACGAUAACCGUGCAAGUGGUGAUACCUCCGGCAACUUCAAGCCACAGGUGUAUACUUCUGCACUAACAGUCAUCAACGAUGAUCCCGACCUUCAACCAUUGCGGAUCGGUCCAGCAAAGACCGUCAAGAUGGUGAAGAGCAAGUGGGCAUCACUCAAGUCUAUUCAUCACACUAUCGAUAAAUACCGCAACCAGACCGGUACACACUGGGACGGUGCCAAUGGAGCUGGGAUCCAUGGCCCUGCAGCGUCCGCUGUGUGGGAUUCGCUGGCCUUACUUUGA